AUGCAGCAGCGAAGCGUGUUUUCGUCGUGGUGGACUCGCACUUUGUCUCCUUCUCCUUUGUCUUCUUCUUCGUGUGAUCAAAAGAGCAGGAGACGGGAGAGUUUAUUUUUUACUUCCUCGUCCUCGUCUAACGAACUCGUUGUUUCCGAGGAGGAGGACAACAACACAAAUGUUCGAGAGAUUAUCGCCGCUUCUGCUUCAGCUUUUGGUGCGAAUGAUGGUGUUGUCGUUAUUAAACCGUCUCGAUUGGACGCGUUCAUCGCGGAAAAUUUACGCGAGGAGAAGAUAACCCGAGGCGCGGUGGCGAGAUCCAUCGCCAACGGGAACGUCUUCGUGAACGGAACAAAGACGAUGAAGAAAACGUACAAAGUGCAAAGAGGAGACGUUAUUCGAUUGACGAUUGAACGAGCGAAAUCGUUAACGGCUGAACCGGAGGAUAUAAAAUUGGACGUGAUUUACGAAGACGAGGAUGUUAUUGUUAUAAAUAAACCGGCCGGGAUGGUGGUGCAUCCAGCGCCUGGGCAUUCGAGCGGGACGCUCGUGAACGCGUUGUUAUAUCACUGCGGAUGCCCCGCCUUAGUCGUCCAAGAAGGGAGGAAGAUUCCGAAGAGUUUAGAUUUUGCAGAAGUACAGAACGAAGAAGAAGAAGACGAUGAUGACGAUGACGAUGAUGAUGAUGAAAUUAUGCCGUACUUAGGACCAGAGGAAGAGGAUACGACUGUUCGUCCUGGAAUCGUUCACCGACUGGAUAAAGGGACAUCUGGACUUCUCGUUUGCGCAAAGAACGGCGCGGCGCAUCAACAUCUCUGCGAUCAGUUUGCCGCGAGAUCAGUCCGAAGACUUUACGUCGCGUUAGUUUUAGGCCAUCCGAAUCCAUCUGCAGGAGUUGUAGAAGAGCCAAUCGGUCGCGAUCCAAAAAAUAGGCUUCGCAUGAGCAUCGCCUCGAGUCUCAGAACAGGACGUUUCGCAAGAUCAAAUUAUAGAACACUAGAGACAUUCCCUACUUCAGCGGAUACUGCGACUAGCGCAAGUCUCGUAGAAUGGAAGUUGGAUACUGGAAGAACGCAUCAAAUACGCGUGCACUCUAAAUUUCUCGGAUGUGGUAUCCUCGGAGACGAAACGUACGACGGGAACAAGGAACGCGUGAAGAAACAGCUGUUGAACAAUCCAGGAAUAAAGAAAGUAAACGCAGAGGCAGUAGGGAAACGAAGCGUGAGACCCAUGCUUCACGCGAGAACCAUAGGAUUUACCCAUCCUAGAACUGGCGAGAGUUUGGAUUUUUCUAGAGAACCUCCGCAAGAUUUCUUAGAAGUCUUGGACGCCUUGAAAAAAUGUUGA